ACUACCACGUCCGCUCCGAGCCGUUCGCCCUGUUGAACGGGAGCGACUGAGGUGCGGACGGUCCGUCGGAUGCUCGGCCGCGCGGGGAAGAAGAAGAAGAAGAAGAAGCUGCCGCCGCUGCGGAUAUCCGUCUCCUACCUGCCUCCAAACGGCUUUAUCACCCCUUCCCCACUGACCGAUUUGUGUUAAUGCUUGAUUUAAAAAAAAAAAAGUAAAAAAAGCUUGGAUUCGGUUUCGUAACGCUCGGGCGCUGCGCCGGUAGCGACGCGGACGCGGACGCGGAGAUCUUUUCUUGGAGGAUGCGGAUUUAACGGAAAGACGUUACAACGAGAGGCACCUGGGAUUCUAGCCGUUGCCGCUUCGCAUUAGCCCAAAAGCGGCCGUCGGCGGCAGGGGAGCGUAUUUUCAUGCCUGGCGAAAUACACACGCAGUGAAGCGGCACAGGAAAAAGAAAAAAGCCCGCUGCCUCUUUGACAGAAAAACGAAAUAAGUGGUUGAAUGCUUUUUUCCCCAGCCUGGACACCAUGAGCACCAUCUCGCCGACGGACUUUGACAGCUUGGAGAUCCAGCAGCAGUAUAAUGACAUCAACAACCGCUGGGACCUGGCAGCAGAGACCGACUGGGAUAAUGAAAACAGUUCAGCAAGACUUUUUGAGCGCUCCCGCAUCAAGGCUCUCGCAGAUGAGAGAGAAGCAGUACAGAAGAAGACCUUCACUAAAUGGGUGAACUCCCACUUAGGUAGAGUGACCUGCCGCAUUGGGGACUUGUACACUGACCUGCGAGAUGGCCGAAUGCUUAUCCGCCUUCUGGAAGUACUCUCAGGAGAACAGCUGCCAAAGCCCACUAAGGGACGCAUGCGUAUCCACUGCCUGGAGAAUGUUGAUAAAGCUCUGCAGUUUCUCAAGGAGCAAAAAGUGCAUCUGGAAAAUAUGGGCUCACAUGAUAUUGUUGAUGGGAACCAUCGGCUCACGCUGGGUCUCAUCUGGACCAUUAUUCUUCGCUUCCAGAUCCAAGACAUCAGUGUGGAGACAGAAGACAACAAGGAGAAAAAAUCUGCUAAAGAUGCCCUGCUACUAUGGUGCCAAAUGAAAACUGCUGGAUACCCCAAUGUCAACAUCCACAACUUCACAACCAGCUGGAGAGACGGUCUGGCGUUCAAUGCCAUUGUGCACAAACACAGACCUGACCUGAUUGAGUUUGACAACCUGAAGAGGUCUAAUGCGCACUAUAAUCUCCAGAAUGCUUUCAAUGUGGCUGAGAAAGAACUAGGGCUUACAAAGCUGCUGGACCCAGAAGAUGUUAAUGUUGACCAACCUGACGAAAAAUCCAUCAUCACCUACGUAGCCACCUACUACCACUACUUCUCUAAGAUGAAAGCCCUGGCAGUGGAGGGGAAACGAAUUGGCAAGGUGCUCGACUAUGCUAUUGAGGCUGACCAGCUGAUAGAGAAGUACGAGACCCUGGCCUCAGAGCUGCUCCAGUGGAUUGAGCAGACAAUAGUCACACUUAAUGACCGCCAGCUAGCUAACUCGCUAACUGCUGUGCAGAAUCAGCUCCAGGCUUUCAAUUCCUACAGGACUGUGGAGAAACCGCCCAAAUUUACAGAGAAAGGAAACCUAGAGGUGCUCCUCUUUACUAUCCAGAGCAAAAUGAGAGCAAACAAUCAGAAAGUCUACAUGCCAAGGGAGGGCAAACUCAUCUCUGAUAUCAAUAAGGCAUGGGAACGGCUGGAAAAAGCAGAGCAUGAACGUGAGCUGGCACUAAGAAACGAGCUAAUCCGCCAGGAGAAGCUGGAGAUGCUGGCUGCUCGUUUUGAUCGUAAAGCAGCUAUGCGGGAGACGUGGCUGAGUGAGAACCAGAGGCUGGUGUCUCAGGACAACUUCGGGACUGACUUGGGAGCAGUGGAAGCUGCCACCCGUAAACAUGAGGCGAUCGAGACAGACAUUGGGGCAUACUGGGAGAGAGUGGCUGCUGUGGAGGCUGUUGCCAAAGAGCUGGAGGCAGAGGGAUACCACGAUGUGCGGCGUAUACUCGCACGAAGGGACAAUGUGCUUCGACUCUGGGAAUAUCUGAAAGAACUUCUGGCAGCACGCAGAGAGCGUUUGAAUGCCCAUCGCGACCUACAGAGGCUGUUUCAGGAGAUGCGAUAUAUUAUGGACUGGAUGGCUGACAUGAAGGGUCGUCUGCAAUCUCAGGACAGUGGCAAACAUUUGCAUGAUGUUUUAGACCUACUUCAGAAACACACGCUGGUAGAGGCUGACAUUUCAGCUCAAGCAGAGAGGAUCAAAGCAGUGCAGGGGGCUGCAAAUCGCUUUACUUCCUAUGAGCAGCCCUACAAACCUUGUGAGCCAGGACUAGUUAGUGAAAAAGUUGAUCUGCUGGGUCAGGCCUAUGAUGAGCUUGGCCAGCUUGCUGGAAAUCGCAGAGAACGUCUGGAGGACUCGCGCCGACUGUGGCAAUUCCUGUGGGACCUUGGGGAAGAAGCAGCCUGGGUCAGAGAACAGGAGCAGAUCUUGGCCAGUGGGGACUGUGGCCGUGACCUCACUUCUGCCCUCCACCUACUCAGUAAACAUGAGACUUUCAGGGACGAGAUGGCAGCCCGCUACGGGCCCCUGAGUAACAGCAUCGCUGCAGGGGAAGCUUUGAUUAAAGAGGGACACUUUGGAGCCCCAGAGGUCACAGAGAGGAUUCAAGACAUACGUGCACAGUGGACACAUCUGGAGGAGACAACUAAACUAAGAGAACAGAAGCUUAAGGAAUCCGUGGCCCUGCAUCAGUUCCAAACAGAUGCCAAUGACAUGGAGGCGUGGAUCAUGGAAACGCUUAGACAGGUGUCAAGUCCGGAGGUGGGCCAUGAUGAGUUCUCCACUCAAACCUUAGCCCGCAAACAGAGGGAGAUAGAGGAAGAGAUCCAGAGCCAUCAUCCUCUCAUCGACUCCCUGCACGAGCAGGCCCAAGCACUGCCUGAGGCCUAUUUACAUUUCCCUCAGGUGGACGGCCGCCUGCCUGCUAUUGAGCAGAGCUAUGAAGAACUGGCGACUCUGUCAGUAGCUCGCCGCCAGGCGUUGGAAGGCGCCCUGGCCCAGUACCGUAUGUUCAGUGAAGCUGAUGCAUGCCAGGUGUGGGUGGAAGAAAAGGAGCAAUGGCUGCACGGCAUGGAGAUCCCUACAAAACUAGAGGACUUAGAAGUGGUGCAGCAAAGAUUUGAGACUUUGGAACCUGAGAUGAACAACCUGAGCAACCGAGUCACGGAUGUGAACCAGGUGGCAGAGCAACUGCUGAGCUCUGAAAACUGUAGCAAAGACCAAGUUCAUCAGACACGAGACCAGCUCAAUAACCGAUGGACGGAGUUUGAGAAACUUGCUGGUCAGAAGAAACAGGCUCUAGAGUCGGCUCUUAACAUCCAGAACUACCACCUGGAGUGUAAUGAGAUCCAGACCUGGAUGAAGGAAAAGACCAAGGUGAUUGAAUCUACCCAGAGCCUGGGAAAUGACCUGGCUGGAGUAAUGGCACUGCAGCGCAAACUGACUGGCAUGGAAAGGGACCUGGAGGCCAUUCAGGGCAAAUUAGAUGACCUAAGAAACGAAGCAGAGAAACUGGCCAAGGAACACCCAGAUCAGGCUGAAGAGAUUCAAGGGCGCCUGGCAGAGAUUCAAGAAGUGUGGGAGGAGUUGAAUGAUACCAUGAAGCGACGUGAGGAGUCACUGGGUGAAGCCAGCAAGCUGCAAGGCUUCCUGAGGGACCUGGAUGACUUCCAGUCGUGGCUUUCCCGCACCCAGACAGCCGUAGCCUCCGAAGACAUUCCCACUUCUCUCCCUGAAGCUGAAAGCUUACUAGGCCAGCACGAGAGUAUCAAGAACGAAGUGGAUAACUACAAAGAGGACUACGAGAAGAUGCGAGCAGUUGGUGAGGAAGUGACCCAAGGUCAGACAGAUGCCCAGCACAUGUUCUUGGCCCAGAGGCUCCAGGCGCUGGAUACUGGCUGGCAUGAGCUGCGUCAGAUGUGGGAGAAUCGCCACAGUCUUUUGGCCCAAGCUUUUGACUUCCAGACGUUCUUGAGAGAUGCAAAGCAGGCAGAGGCUUUCCUCAACAGCCAGGAGUAUGUGCUGUCCCACACAGAGAUGCCCACCUCCCUUGAGGGAGCAGAGGAGGCCAUUAAGAAACAUGAAGAUUUCCUGACCACCACAGAGGCCAGCGAGGAGAAGAUAACUGGUGUAGUGGAGGCAGGACGGCGCCUUAUUAAUGACUCUAAUGCUAACUCUGAUAAGAUUCAGGAAAAAGUUGACUCCAUCCAGGAAAGGCAUCUUAAAAAUAAGACGGCUACAAAUGAACUUCUGUCAAAGCUUAAGGAUAAUCGUGAACUGCAGCACUUCCUUCAAGAUGGACAGGAGCUUACAUUGUGGAUCAAUGAGAAGAUGCUGACAGCACAGGACAUGUCUUAUGAUGAGGCCAGAAAUCUUCACAGCAAGUGGCAGAAACACCAGGCCUUUAUGGCAGAGCUGGCCUCCAACAAAAACUGGCUGGACAAAAUCGACAAGGAGGGUCAGGUGCUGGUGGCUGAAAAACCUGAGCUGAAACCUGUUGUCCAGCAGACCCUAGAGGACCUGCAGCGUCAGUGGGAGGAGCUGGAGAGCACCACUCGCACCAAAGCUCAGUGCUUGUUCGAUGCUAACAGGGCAGAACUCUUUACACAAAGCUGCUCCUCUCUGGAUGUCUGGUUGAAAAACAUUGAGGGUCAGCUCCAAAGUGAUGAAUAUGGCAAAGAUUUGACCAGUGUCAACAUCCUGCUCCAGAAACAACAGAUGCUGGAGCACCAGAUGGAAGUCAGAGAGAAGGAGGUGCAGUCGCUCCAGUCUCAGGCACUGGCGUUGUCCCAGGAAGAUGCUGGACUGGCAGAGGUAGAUGGUCUGCAACGGCGUGUCACUGACAACUUCUCAAACCUUCAAGAGCCUCUCAAACUGAGGCGACAGCGAUUGCUUGCCUCCAAAGAAGCACAUCAGUUCAACAGGGAUCUGGAGGAUGAAAUCCUAUGGGUGAAAGAGAGGAUGCCCUUGGCUACCUCUACAGACCACGGAAAAGACCUCCCCACUGUACAACUGCUAAUAAAGAAGAAUCAGACAUUACAGAAGGAGAUCCAGGGCCACCAGCCCCGCAUUGAUGAUAUUCACAAACGAGGCAAAACUCAGAGCCAAGUAGAUGGUGAGAGGCAUUCUGUGCUAGAGGAGCGCCUUGUUGAGCUUAAGGACCUCUGGGACCAGCUGAUUGCCGAGACAGACAAACGGCAUGCUCGUCUGAUCGAGGCCAAUCGCGCCCAGCAGUUCUACACGGAUGCAGCAGAGGCAGAGGCCUGGAUGGGAGAGCAAGAACUGCACAUGAUGUCAGAGGAAAAAGCCAAGGAUGAACAAAGUGCACUGGUGAUGGUGAAGAAGCAUCAGACCCUGGAACAGGCCCUUGAAGACUAUGCCCAGACCAUUCACCAGCUGGCCAACAGCAGCCGGCUCAUGGUCACCAGUGAACAUCCAGAAAGCGAGAGAAUCACUUUACGGCAAGCCCAGGUUGACAAGCUGUAUGCGGGGCUGAAGGACCUCGCUGAGGAGCGUCGUGGGCGACUUCAGGAGCGACUGCGGCUCACGCAGCUGAAACGCGAGGUAGAUGACCUGGAACAGUGGAUCGCCGAGAGGGAGGUGGUUGCUGGCUCACAUGAACUAGGACAGGACUAUGAACAUGUCACAAUGCUGAGAGACAAGUUCCGGGAGUUUGCCCGCGACACCAGCACCAUCGGCCAAGAGCGCGUGGAUGGUGUGAACGCGCUGGCCGAUGACCUCAUCGAGUCAGGACAUCCCGAGAACGCCAGCGUCGCUGAGUGGAAGGACGGCUUAAAUGAAGCCUGGGCCGAUCUGCUGGAGCUGAUAGACACGCGUACACAAAUGUUGGCAGCUUCCUACGAACUGCACCGCUUCCAUCAGGACGCCAUGGAGGUGCUUGGGCGCGUUAAGGAGAAGAGGGAAUCGCUGCCUUCUGACCUCGGCCGUGAUCUGAACACUGUCCAGCAUUUACACAGACAGCACAACACUUUUGAACAUGAUAUCCAGGCGCUCAGUGGCCAGGUGAACCAGGUACAAGAUGACGCUGCGCGGCUACAGAAGGCUUAUGCUGGAGAGAAAGCAGACGACAUCAACAGGAGUGAACAUGCCGUCACCUCAGCCUGGGAGGGUCUGCACGAGGCCUGCCAGGCCCGAAAGGUGCUCCUGCUGGACACGGUGGAGAAGUUCCGCUUCUUCAACAUGGUACGAGACCUCAUGCUCUGGAUGGAUGGUGUGAACCUGCAGAUUGAUGCUCACGACAGCCCCAGAGAUGUAUCUUCUGCUGGGUUGGUUAUUGCCAAUCAUCAGGACAUCAAAGCAGAAAUCGAGACCAGGGCAGACAGCUUUACUGCCUGCACCGAGAUGGGAAAUACUCUCAUCAACAAUAAUCAUUAUGCCGCUGAUGAGAUCAGAGAGAAAUUGGCUCAACUUCAAGAAAAAAGAGAAAAGAUCAACAAAAAAUGGCAAGACAAGAUGGACCAUUUACAAAUUGUGCUGGAGGUGUUGCAGUUUGGACGUGAUGCCUAUGUGGCCGAGUCUUGGUUGGCGGGACAAGAACCUCUGGUCCGAGCAGCAGAACUAGGCUCAAACGUGGAUGAGGUAGAGAGCCUAAUCAAGCGUCAUGAGGCCUUCGAGAAACUAGCUGCAGCCUGGGAGGACCGUUUUGUGCUUCUGGAGAAACUCACUACACUGGAGGAGCACGAGAUGCAGAGGAGGAGAGAGGAAGAGGAGAGGGCACGACGGCCCCCUACACCACCGCCGGCACAAGUAGCACAAUCUGACGCAGAAAGUCAAGCACAUGAUUCCGCAGCCAGAACCAGUCUGGACCAGACCACACUCAAUCAGUCAGUGUCUGUGAAUGGAGUACACAGUGACAAUGACACAUCUCAGUCCUUAUCACUAUCGUUGUCAGUGGGAAAGAAAUCAGAGGCUAAGCGUGUGUGUAAGCCAAAGCAGCCGGAGCGUGGCUCUGAGUCUGAGUCUGUGAAUGGACCUGGGAGGGACAGCGGGCUGGCAUCUUCUCGCCUUGAGCCAUCUGCCACGCUGCCAGGCCGGGGUGGAGCCGAGUCAGAGCCAGAAGCCAUGGAGGGGAUGCUCUGCCGGAAACAAGAGAUGGAAUCCCACAGCAAAAAGGCAGCUAGCAGGUCUUGGCAGAACGUGUACUGUGUCGUAAGAAAAGGAAGUCUCAGUUUUUAUAAAGACAGCAAGAGCGCAAGUAACGGUAUUCCAUUCCAUGGAGAAGUACCCAUCAGCCUGGGAGAUGCUGCGUGUGAGAUAGCUCACGACUAUAAGAAGAGGAAAUAUGUAUUCAAGCUCAGACUGGGAGAUGGAAAGGAGUAUUUGUUUCAAGCUAAAGAUGAGGCGGAAAUGAGCUCCUGGAUCCGUUCCAUCCUCAGCUCCAUUCCUCCGGGCUCCUCCGACUCGCCCGGUGGUCCGCCGCACCUCAGUCGUGCCAUGACAAUGCCACCCAUCUCCCCCAGCUCAGGCGAGGCUGGAGGCGUGACCAUGCGCAACAAAGAGGGGAAAGAGAGGGACCGCGAGAAGAGGUUCAGUUUCUUUGGCAAGAAGAAGUAGAACACUUGUUAGGUGAUCGAUGGAAACAGUAACAUUUGUCCAAAUUUCAACAAACUGAAGCAGACAGAAAGGAAAGUACAACGGUUCACACAAACACACUGCUCUCAGCGCUGGCCCCGAGGAAAUUGUUGACAGCUACUGUACGUAGCCUCCAGAACUUUGUUUCGUUGCUUUCUCUGAUCCUCUUCCUCAAGGGUUUUAUCUGCCAUUUAGCUUUGCGUUCACCAAUCUGAAUUUCACAUUUAGCUGCACCCAAAAAAGAAAGCCGUCAUCCAAACAGAAUUUUAAUUCAGCCAGCAAGAGUUUCUCAGAUAGGGUUGGGGUUAUCCACGGAUGGCAGGUAUCCAGAUCUAGGUCUAAAUCCGGUGUAAAUAUUGUCUCUUCAAUGAGUCUGGACUAGCAGAGUUGUUGAUGCUGUGUUACUAAUAAAUAGAUGGAUGGUGGCUUUCCGCUGUGGUGCAUUCUGGUUUGAUUUACCCACUUUUAAACAUUCUCUUUGAUUCAAUCAGUCUCUUUUUCUGUUCUUAGUAUUGAUGUUACUAACCUGAUAUAACGAUUAUCAUUCUUCUUAUUUAUCGUUUGUUUUUACUGGUUUGAGAAAACAGUAAUUGGUUUGACAGUAGAUAAUCUUUAUUAAUGUUGUGGAGAGACACAAAUUUGGUUAAACUAGUGAAAAUGUUCAGCUUGCCCUUGUAUGUAUUUUUUUUGUUUUGUUUUUUUAGGAAUGACAAUUUAUGGCUUGUUUUGAGGAAACAAUAAAGCUCAUGACAUUUUAGGAGUGUGCAGUAAGUGAUCGCAACGUUCAGUGGGAAAAUUAUAUAUAUAUAUUUAAUAAGUGGUUUUAUUUUUUAUUGUAUUUCUAAUUUUGCCUGACUUUGAUUAAUUCUUUCAAUUGAUCUUUUCUGCUUGAUUUUCAACCCUCUUCUGUUCAAGGCAGAGAAGAAUAGUUUUCUAGUGUGUGUGUGUGGGUGCGAGUGAGUUGUGGUGCUGUGGAUUUUGCACGUUUAUGUUGUUCCUGAUCAAACAGGGCCAGGUGGAUGCUGCUUCUCAGUACUCAAGUGUAGAGAAAAACUCAGCACACAAACCCAAAAUAACAGGAGUGGUUGCAUAAAAUGAGCUUCUGUUGGCUUUUUUUUAUCAUUUGCAAACUGACAUUACCAGUAAAGUUUAUUCUUGCCGUCUCCGUCAUCUGGUGACUUCCGUUCUCUUGCAGUCUGACGUUGUGAGGGCGUGGGGGUGAAAGGCUGAAGCACAUCUUCUGAGCAGGACAGAUAAUGACAGGUCCCGUUCCAGGUCGGGUGAGGGCUGUGGAAGUGGCAGUGAAGAAUGUGAUGAGAGGUGUACUGGGCCUUACUUGAACCCACUACAGAAACACUCACCCUCCAUUCAAACAGUCUUAAUGCAGGUUUUCUUAAAGGUUGAAUGUUAGAACAUGCCCUGUGGCAGUGAUCUGAUAUAUGUAAGUGGAUUGUUAAUGCAUUAACAGUAACUAAAGUGUAGCUCUGCAGCAGAGAGGAGCAACCCCUAAAUCAUAAGAUGAGUUUAGAGCUCGUUCAUAUGCGGCAUGACUUCAUGUAAAACUCGAAUAGUCUCACCUUCGCCAUCCGUUUCCUUAUGUGUUGAUGUACUUCAUACCCACAGGUUGAGAGCAGAUAAUUUUACAAUCAUCCACAACAAGAUAAUGGCAGUUAAAUGUUUAGGAGCUUCCUCCAAUGCUGCUCAUGUUUAACAGAAAAGGGGCAUUUACACUAGUGCAACUGUAUAAAAGUACAUUGAUACUGCUAGUACUGGACAAGAAUAUUGGAGUAACUUAGAAGUAAGGUUUUGAAUCUAUUGCCAGGAUGUGUAUACAGUACUUUGAAGGGCUGAUUAGUUCAUUGGAAUGUUUCACCCAACUGUUGUGAUUACACAACAUCUGGAAGCAAGUGUGCUUUAAUUUGCUGUUUAAACAGGUUGGCCUUAUUGUCCCGUCCCUAAUGAAUGUGGAACAUUAGCUGAGGUCGGCAACUCUCCAAAGCAGAGAAGUAUGCAGAGAAUCUGCUCUGAGCCGGUUGCAGUGGGGGCCCGUUGCUCAGUCCUGACCAGACUUGCCUGGUUUGUCAGAGGAGCUCUGUGCGGUGUGGCCGAGCCCCUGGUCCUAGCCUUAAACCAAAAGCUGACCAGGUUAAUGAAGUCGUUGCAUGCAGAAGUGAGCCGGCGCCGUUUGCUCACGUUGUGCACAAUUCCAGGCGGAGGUGUCGUUCUUCCCCAGUGGGUCAGCUGUUCUGGCAGCCGCCGCCACCUUCUCCCUGCCUGGGCCUCGGGACGCGGCUCCCGGGCGGUGGCAGAGGCUUCAAGUUUAAAGGUGACACAGUGUAUUUUCUUAUCAGCUCAUUUGAAUGUGCGACGAUUCAAAUUAGUUUGGCCAAAUUGGUCAUGUGAAGCAAAAAUAUUUCUCGUACUUGACGUCCUGCACACGGGCUCUUUCUCACAGACUCACAUUGAUCCUGUACUGUAUGUUUAAAGCGGAGCAGUCUUGUGGAAACGCCCUCAGCUGGCUGUGAUGUGAUGUUGCAUAUGGCAUCCUUUUAAAAUAAUAUUGUGUGAGCUUUGACCACAUCAGUAUAUAUUAUCGAUGUCAACGAAAUGGGUUUUGGGUAAUGAGAGUACUUGAUGAAGAAAAAACUACUUUUACUUGUUAAGUAUUAGAUAUGAGUGAAAACAAACUGGUGACAAUUUGAGCUUCCUUUUUUUAGAAGAAGGCAGGAUAUUUGCUGUCUAGUGGGAGCUUGUAUUUUUUCAUCCAGUUGUCUGUCUUGCAGCAUUUGAUAAGCCUGUUCACCAACCUUCAUUUCUCUUUCCUUUUGACAAAUGUCUGUUCUUUCCUCUGUUUUUCAGAGUUGUUAAUACCACUACUAUUAUUAAUUGCUAUUAUCAUUAUUGCUACUGUUGUUACUAUUACUACUACUGUUACUAAUGCAACUUAUUGCAAAAAUUAUAACUGCUGUCCAUUUUCAGGUACGUGUCUGUAAAACCAGACCUUUCCACACGAUGUCAGUGUGCUGUGGAGCAUUUUCAUUACAAAUCGAAGAUGUUUGUUGACUUGUGUAUCUACAUCUAAUAUUAGGAAUAAUAAAACAUGGUUCAAUCAGAAA